ACGCGGCGCCUCGAACGGACGACGUGAUGUCGUCGGCACCGGACGCGCCGAAGCGGAAGCUCGAAGACGUCGUCGACGAUCCGUCGGCGGGAGCGUCGGAGGGACGAGCCGCGGACGACGCGUCGACCGAGCGCGAGGUCCCCGCGUCGGAAGCGGAAAAUCCAGGUGAAAAGAUCUCGUCAGCAGCGGGCGCGUCUCCCGACGCUCCGCACGUCGUGCCGACGGAGGGCGCGCGCGCGUCCGUCUCCGUGGAGGAGCUCCUGGAGUCGCACCUGGAGUCCACGCGCGUGCACCGCCGCGGCGCGCUCGCGUGGGCGUUCUUCCCGUCCGCGCUGUUCCACCCCGCGCUGCCCGAGCCGAGCGGCGAUUCCGUCGUCGUCGCGGCAGAAAAGAACGGCGACGACGACGUCGCGGAGCUCAAGCCCGGAGUCUUCGGCGCGACCGCGACGAAAGAGGGCGCAAAGUACGUCACGUGCGUCGCGUGCCACCCGAACGGCAUCGCCGCGGAGGACGCCGCGAGGCUGUGGCGCGGGAAGCAGACGGGCGUGUUCAAGUACCACUGGAGAACGGGUCAACGGAGCAUCACCGAGCACGUGGCGAACAACCACGCGACGCUCGUGGCGGAGUUGGAGGACGCCAAGCGCGUUUACCUCGCGAAGAACGGCGGUUCCGAGAUGGGGGGGCUGGGGGGCGGAUCAGCGGCGAAGUUCGGAGUGGGCACGGGCGCGGCGCACCACGCGAACGGCGGCGGCGGUUUCAGCGGCGGGAGCAGCAGCGGCAGCGGCGGCGGCGGCGCGCGCGCCGCCGCAAACGCGCUGUCGUCGGGGCGCGACUCAUUCGGCGGCAUCGCGCUCGAGGCCGCCCCCCCCGUCGGCGGCGGCGUCGACCGCCCGCGGAUAAUCGACCUUCGAAGCGACACGGUGACGAAACCGACGCAGACGAUGCGCGCGGCGAUGGCGACGGCGAUUUGCGGCGACGACGUCUUCGGGGACGACCCGACGGUGAAAGAUUUAGAAAUCGUCGUCGCGGCGGCGUUCGGGAAAGAAGCCGCGCUGUUCGUGCCGUCGGGAACGAUGGGGAACCUGAUCGCCGUCGGCGUGCACUGCGAAGUCAGAGGAAGCGAGUUCAUCUGCGGCGAUCUGUCGCACGUGCACAUAUACGAGCAAGGCGGGUUAUCGACGCUGAUGGGCGCGCACCCGAGGGCGCUCAAGAACGAAGACGACGGCACGAUCGAUCUCCAGCGGAUACGAAACGCGUUCCGGUCGGACGACCAGCACUUCCCGCGCACGACCGUGCUGUGCAUCGAGCAGACGCACAACAAGAAGGGCGGGCGGGUGCUGCCGCUGUCGUACGUCGACGACUGCGGCGCGUUGUGUAAGAGCCUGGGGAUUCAGUUGCACGUCGACGGCGCGAGGAUAUGGAACGCGGCGAUCGCGCAAGGGGUAACCCCCGCGCGCGCGGUCCAAGCCGCGGACUCGGUGUCCGUGUGCCUGAGCAAAGGCCUGGGCGCGCCGGUCGGGAGCGUGAUCGUCGGGAGCGCGCCGUUCAUCGCGAAGUGCCGGCGGCUGCGAAAAGCGUGCGGCGGGGGCAUGCGGCAGGCGGGGACGCUCGCGGCGGCGGCGAUGAUGGCGCUGCGCGAGGUGUGGCCCGUCAUGAGCCUGGACCACGUCCGCAUGAAGCGGCUCGCGGCUGGGUUGCAGAAGAUCCCGGGCGUGGAGGUGUCCUCCCCGAUCGAGACGAACAUCUGCUUCGUGACGUUUCCCCCCACGGCGGACGUCGGCGACGUCGUCGUGGCGUUGAAGCGCGAACACGAGAUCGUCGUCAUCCCGUGGACGACGCCCAACUCGAUUCGGAUCGUGACGCACCACGAGAUCAACGACGCGGCGGUGCAGGCGGUCGUCGACGGCGUGACGCGGGUGCUGGCGAACAUGUACAGAGGAGGGAGAUAGAACAGAUACUAAGAGAGAAGGGGACGCGCCGACGCUAAAAGCUGUGCUACGCGACGGCGUCGUAAUAAAAAAAAACCGCCCGACGCUC